AUGAUGGCACUCGGCGGCGACGGGGAAAGGUACCUACUCGGCAUAUCAGGUGGCCCCAAGCGCGAAACACAUCCACGGCCAGUACCAGCCCGCAUGCUGCGGGCGGAGGGCGAAGCAGGCCCGAGGGCGAGACCAGAGGUGAUCGACGACCGCAUGUGGUUGGCACAUCAGAGAGGAUCCCCUUGUUUUGGCGCCCGUCAAAGGUCUUGGGUUGCGUGGCUAUGGUUGGGCAGGCGGCCAAAUGGCAAUUCUGGGCGGCUGGCGAGGAAAUCAGGAUGCCCGCGGCCCCCUGGUUGGCUAGGGCGGAACCACAGCGGCGAAGGAACGCAACACCACGGCGUCGCGUCAUCCCACCAAGCUGCCCUUGUCGACGGUAAAUCGGCCGACGGGUUAGUCGAUGCAGUGGCUGCAUACGGCUCGCCCAGCCUGAGCACCGAUCCAUCGACGGCAAGGUCAAACAUGUUUGUUCCUGGCGGCUGGAGAGCACGCCACUCAGGUCCAAGGCGAGCGCAGGGUGGCAGGGGAAGCUUUGUCGUGUCUGGGAUCUGCGAGCGGGAUGCUACCUCAAACAUGGCGGGGCUUUACACAGUAACCCUGCGGGGCCAGCGCCUGGAGCCGCGAUCCUGA